GGACACUCGAUGUGGACGAGUGCUCAGAGGGCACGGAUGACUGCCACAUCGAUGCCAUCUGCCAGAACACACCCAAGUCCUACAAGUGCCUCUGCAAGCCGGGCUACAAGGGGGAAGGGAGGCAGUGUGAAGACAUUGACGAGUGUGAGAAUGACUACUACAACGGGGGCUGUGUCCACGAGUGCAUCAACAUCCCAGGGAACUACAGGUGCACCUGCUUUGAUGGCUUCAUGCUGGCACACGAUGGACACAACUGCCUGGAUGUGGAUGAGUGUCAGGACAACAAUGGUGGCUGCCAGCAGAUCUGUGUCAAUGCCAUGGGCAGCUACGAGUGUCAGUGCCACAGUGGCUUUUUUCUCAGUGACAACCAGCACACCUGCAUCCACCGCUCCAACGAGGGUAUGAACUGCAUGAACAAAGACCAUGGCUGUGCCCACAUCUGCCGGGAGACGCCCAAAGGUGGGGUGGCCUGCGACUGCAGGCCCGGCUUUGACCUUGCCCAAAACCAGAAGGACUGCACACUAACCUGUAACUAUGGAAACGGAGGCUGCCAGCACAGUUGUGAGGACACGGACACAGGCCCCAUGUGUGGCUGCCACCAGAAGUACGCCCUUCACUCAGACGGUCGGACAUGCAUCGAGAAGGAUGAGGCUGCAAUUGAGCGCUCUCAGCUCAGGGCCACGUCAGUAGCUGAUGUGGACAAGCGGGGCCGACGGCGGCUACUCAUGGAGACAUGUGCGGUAAACAACGGAGGCUGUGACCGGACGUGCAAGGACACGGCCACCGGCGUGCGGUGUAGCUGUCCUGUCGGAUUCACGCUGCAGCCAGACGGGAAGACGUGCAAAGACAUCAACGAGUGCCUGGCCAACAACGGGGGCUGCGACCACUUCUGCCGCAACACCGUGGGCAGCUUCGAGUGCGGCUGCCGCAAGGGCUACAAGCUGCUGACCGACGAGCGGACGUGUCAAGACAUCGACGAGUGCUCCUUCGAGCGGACCUGCGACCACACCUGCAUCAAUUCCCCAGGCAGCUUUCGGUGUCUGUGCCACCGCGGCUACACGCUCUACGGGACGACCCACUGCGGAGGUCUGCAGCCCGCCCACCAGGCCACCUCCCCGCCCAGGCACGCGCCUGGCCGCACGGCCACCUACACUGCACCCCGCACCCCAGCCCUGCCCUUGACCCUGGUGCCCUGGGAGGGCCCUCAGCCAAGAGCAAGGAGGGAGGGGCGGCAAAUACCCAAGGGUGCCAGACCGUUGUCAGGCUGUGGGAGGUACCGAAAGCCUCUCGGGGACAGGCCUGACCCAGAAGUCAAGCCCCGACAGCUCCCUCUUAGGAAAGCCUUGGACGUUCUCGUAGCCCGGUGGAGACUGCUCCACCUCACCUCUGCUGUGCCCAGCUCCCGGCUUCCAGCGAGCGACUCCCAGUUCCUGCAAGUUCCCGCUGCUGUGCGGGUGCAACAGGUGGGCAGGUGCCUUGCUCGAGCCAAGGCUUCAGCCCGAGUGCAGCUGUCCUGCGGCAAGGCGGGCGGUGUCGAGAGCUGCCUCCUCUCCUGUCCGGCCCACACACUCUUCGUGCCUGACUCGGAAAACAGCUACAUCCUGAGCUGUGGUGUCCCCGGUCUCCAGGGCAAGACACUGCAGAGACGCAACGGCACCAGCUCCAGCAGCGGGCCCGGCUGUUCAGAUGCCCCUGCCACCCCCAUCAAGCAGAAGGCCCGCUUCAAGAUCCGAGAUGCCAAGUGCCACCUCCGGCCCCGAAGCCGGGAGCGGGCAAAGGAGAGCCUGAGGCAGCUGCUACUGGACAACUGCCACGUGACUUUCGUGACCCUCAAGUGUGACUCCUCCAAGAAGAGGCGCCGUGGCCGCAAGUCCCCGUCCAAGGAAGUAUCUCACAUCACAGCGGAGUUCGAAGUUGAGAUGAAGACGGAAGAGGCCUCAGACACCUGUGACGCAGACUGUGUGCGGAAGCGGGCCGAGCAGAGCCUGCAGGCUGCCGUCAGGACCCUGCGGAAGGCCGUGGGCCGGCAGCAGUUCUAUGUCCAGGUCGCAGGCACAGAGUACGAGGUGGCCCAGCGGCCGGCCAAGUCCCCAGAGGGGCAGGGGACGUGCGGCACAGGCCAGGUGCUACAGGACAACAAAUGCGCGGCCUGUGGGCCUGGCACCUACUUCAGUGGUGAGCUCGGCCAGUGUGUGCCAUGCGUGCCAGGGACCUACCAGGACGUGGAAGGACAGCUGAGCUGCACGCCGUGCCCCAGCAGCGACGGGCUUGGUCUGGCUGGUGCCCGCAACGUGUCCGAAUGUGGAGGCCAGUGCUCUCCAGGCUUCUUCUCCACUGAUGGCUUCAAGCCCUGCCAGGCCUGCCCCGUGGGCACGUUCCAGCCCGAGCCUGGGCGCACCAGCUGCUUCCCCUGUGGAGGGGGGCUGCUCACCAAACACGAGGGCACGGUCUCCUUCCAGGACUGCGAGGCCAAGGUGCACUGCUCCCCCGGCCACCACUACAACACCACCACCCACCGCUGCAUCCGCUGCCCCGUCGGCACCUACCAGCCCGAGUUUGGCCAGAACCACUGCAUCACCUGCCCAGGCAACACCAGCACCGACUUCGACGGCUCCACCAACGUCACGCACUGCAAGAACCAGCACUGCGGUGGCGAGCUUGGGGACUACACGGGUUACAUCGAGUCCCCCAACUACCCUGGUGACUACCCAGCCAAUGCCGAGUGCGUGUGGCACAUCGCGCCUCCCCCCAAGCGCAGGAUCCUCAUUGUGGUCCCGGAGAUCUUCCUGCCCAUCGAGGACGAGUGUGGUGACGUCCUGGUCAUGAGGAAGAGNGCCUCGCCCACGUCGAUCACCACCUACGAGACCUGCCAGACCUACGAGAGGCCCAUCGCCUUCACCUCCCGCUCCCGGAAGCUCUGGAUCCAGUUCAAAUCCAACGAAGGCAACAGCGGCAAAGGCUUUCAAGUGCCCUACGUCACCUACGAUGAGGACUACCAGCAGCUGAUAGAAGACAUCGUCCGUGACGGGCGGCUGUACGCCUCGGAGAAUCACCAGGAGAUCUUGAAAGACAAGAAGCUGAUCAAGGCCCUCUUCGACGUGCUGGCGCACCCCCAGAACUACUUCAAGUACACAGCCCAGGAGUCCAAGGAGAUGUUCCCGCGGUCCUUCAUCAAACUGCUGCGCUCCAAGGUGUCCCGAUUCCUGCGGCCCUACAAGUAACAUGGCCGCGGAGGGCCGGUGAGAGGAGGGGCGGAGGUGGAGGCGCGUCCUUCCCUCCACCGUGGAAGCCACGAGGCAGCUUGGCCGGGGCCUCGGGGUUGCCUGGGGAAGCCCGUGCUGUGUGCACUUCAGGAAAGCCGGCCACCGUGGAGGCUCAGCGCCAGCCCAGGCACCCCUCACUCUGCCACCCCAGUGGGGGAACAUUGCUUCGGGAGCCUCUCUCCCUCCUCCGCCUCAGACUGCCCGGACACCGAGAUUGCUCGCUCCAGAGCCAGCUCUGCCGGGGCGCACCUGGGCCUGGACGUCGUGCCCACCGUGUGGGUGACAGGAUGGCACGUGCUCUACCACCUGACGGUUCAGGACGGGGCGUGGAAGGAGGGGUGCGUGAAGGCCAUCCCCGGAGUGGAUAAGCUUGCGUCCAUGCGUGAGGCCCCACCCCAGCCGACAACGCAGGCCACAGGUGCAGGACCCAGGCACUGAGGAUGCUGAGGUGGGAUGGACAGAGCUGCUGGAGGAACCUCCAGCCGCGCUUCCCCUGGACAGACACCUGCAUACCCUCUAUAAAUACAGAAUACAUAUAUACGUACACAUAGACGUACACGUGCACGCUUCUGGCAGGUACUUCAGAGGGUCUCCUUAGUAACCGUCAGCGCCGGAUGCGCCAGCCCUUCUCCCAGCCCGCCACAGCUGCGGCCGAGCUCCCGCUGGCUAAACUCCUGUGCGCUGGCCCUCCGUUUACAUGAGGCUAGAUCCCUGGCUGGGGGCGACACCCGCCCUGGACCUGUUUCUGAAUUUGAACUCUGGGGACUGGACUCGGAUGCCUCUCUAGAGGGUGGCCCACCCAGUCCACACCCCCACCAUCGCCGCCUUCGGCCAGGGUGCGGUGGAAGGCAGUUUCCCCUGAGGCCCCUUCCCAGGGGUCAGCUGUG